CGACAAGACAACAUAUAUACAACAUGAUAUUUCGUAUCACGAAAGCGCGCUUUGGGUCACUUGGGCACGAGAGCGCCAUAAGAUUGUCACGAGGGCCGGGCAGUCAUCUGGCUAGUGUCGAGGACAGGAUGGGUACGAAACUACUUCUGUGGACGUAAUCCCUCCUAUCUUGCUCCAAAAGCGGCGCCGUCCAAUACAUACCACUGGGAAGACGAUACACAUGAUAAGCUCCCGCUCUUAUGGUCCGAUUCUAGCGCUCGAACAUGGUUCCUGUGUCCGAUGUUCUUCGGGCCCUUUAGCUGAUGUUGUGAACAGUGAUAUAUACUGCUCUCGAUGCUUGAUAGAUGUAUACCGGGACAAAACCUGUCAUCCUCCUCAGCCCGGUCAGAUGGUCGCCGACUCCUUGACCACCGUGUUCUACAUCGCAGCCUUCGUCUUGGCGUUCGCGCUCUAUGUUUACACUAUCAGACGACGUCUCCCGCCUUAUCCACCGGGACCACCUGGCUGGCCUAUCAUUGGAAACCUGAAGGUCCCCGAUGAGCCUUCUUACAAGGAGUACCGACGGUGGAGCGAAGAGUACAGCUCAGACAUCGUCCACAUCAACGUGCUGGGCACGAAUAUCGUCGUGACAAACACGCUCGAAGCGUCCGCGGACCUGCUCGAUAAGCGUUCGCUGACAUACUCCAACCGAGCGAUCCAUGGGGUGACGAUGAUGCGAGACCUCUGUGGCUUUGACUGGGCGAUCUCCUUCGCGCAGCCAGGCAAGUACUGGCGUGAGCAGCGGAAGGUCUUUCAGCGCGAAUAUCACCCGCAGGCCAUUAGGCGCUACCGGCGGACCGAGACGCAGACAGCUCAGACGUUCUUGCAUAACUUGCUCGCGUCUCCAGAAGACUUCUUCCGGCACGCUAAAUAUGCACUCGGCCAAGAUCUGAUAUACAGUGCUUACGGGGUCAAGACGAAGAAUUAUGACGAUCCUCUGAUUGUAACUGUGGAGCACGGACUCGAAGCAGUAGUUGCCGCGAUGAAUCCUGGCCAGUUCCUCGUCGACUACUUCCCCAUAAUGAAAUACAUCCCAGCAUGGUUCCCCGGCGCAGGGUUCCAGCGAAAAGCAAAGGUGUGGCGUAAGUCUGUCCACAAGCUGCUCCAUGUGCCAUUUACGCUGGCGAAGAACCUGCAAGAUGCCAACGAGCUACCCGACGACUGUGCGGCGAAAUCCUUCCUGGCUGAUGUCAUCCCCUCCUCUACCGAUCCCACAUAUAUGGAGUACGUCGUCCGUUCGGCCUUGGCAGCAGCAUAUUCAGCUGGUAUCGACACGACCAUGUCCGUCCUCCAUUCGUUCUUCCUCGCUAUGGCACUCUACCCUGAUGUGCAGAAGGAAGCCCAGCGUGAGAUCGACAGCGUAUGCCACGGACGCCUGCCCGACUUCUCGGACUACGACGCCCUGCCAUAUAUGCACGCCAUUGUCAAGGAGAUCCUGCGGUGGAACCCUGCCGUGCCUCUCAACAUCGUGCACGCCUCUGCGCAAGACGACGUCUACAGAGGCUACUACAUCCCGAAAGGCUCGCUCGUCGUCGCAAACAUCUGGGCGAUAUUACACGACCCAGCCGUCUACGCCGACCCUGAGUCCUUCUGCCCCUCCCGCUUCCUGCGCAGCGACACGAAUCCCACUCCCGAGCCGGACCCCGACGCAGCCUACGGCUUCGGUCGGCGCAUCUGCGCGGGGCGACACCUCGCACACGAGAUGCUGUGGAUCACCAUCGCGUCGGUGGUGGCCGCGUUCGACAUUGUGAAAGCGAAGGACGAGGCCGGGCGCGAGAUUGUGCCGCCGGGAGAGUAUGACUACGGGUUUAUACAGUUGCCAAAACCGUUUCGGUGCGAGAUACGCCCCCGGUCGGCGGAGCACGAGAAGCUUGUGCUGGGUGCCGUCGAUCAGGACUCGUGAAUCCCAUUCUCUGAAAAAGCACUGCGUCGCGUGCGCAGUGUAUUCUGGUGCGCCGGCGGAGCGAGGUAUCUGCGCAACCAUGGUAGUGGUACUAGUAGAUGAGCGCAAGCUAGCCGUUGCUGUCGUCAUGCGAGACUUUUUAGAUACCAUCCCUGAACCCCUUUUGAUAAUAAUUUCACGUAUUUCGUCUGUUC